GAAACCUUGAAGUGCGGUGCUAUAGACAGAUUGAUGAUCUUUUUGAUGGUAUGCUAUAUAAAUGAUGAAAUUUGAUGGUAUAUUAUUCAGUACCGAGCAAAAUUUGAUGGUAUAGAUGAAAUUUCCUGAACUUGACCCCCCUCGCACAUCUCGGCGUCUCCUCCCUCCGUCCCUCGCGCGCACAGUCCUCUAACCCUCUCUAGGCCGCCGGAGAUGGUGUCGCUGCGAUGCGCCACCGCGCGCCACUCCCUCCUCGGCCCGCCGACCUGCCUCGCGCGCCCGCGGCGGCGGGCGUGCCCCGUCGCCGUGGAGGCCGUCUCGCAGGCCAAGGUCCCCCUAAUCCGGAUUGGGACGCGUGGAAGGACAGUGAUCUUGCUCUUGCACAAGCCCGUGAAACUCGAGAUAAACUGAAAGCUGCACACUCUGAAUUAGCUGAGGAGGGGGCUGUUGAGAUCAUCAUUAUAAAGACCACAGGAGACAUGAUCUUGGACAAACCCCUUGCAGAUAUUGGUGGCAAGGGUUUAUUCACCAAGGAGAUAGAUGAUGCGAUCUUGCAGGGAAGGAUUGAUAUUGCUGUUCACUCUAUGAAAGAUGUCCCAACAUAUCUACCUGAAGGAACAAUACUACCAUGUAACCUCCCGCGAGAAGAUGCUAGAGACGCAUUUAUAUGUUUGACUGCAAAUUCACUUGCGGAGCUUCCUUCUGGUUGUGUCGUCGGAAGUGCUUCCCUGAGGAGACAAUCUCAGAUUCUCUGCAGGUAUCCGUCACUCAAGGUUGUUAACUUAAGAGGAAAUGUUCAGACACGGUUAACGAAACUCAAGAACGGAGAUGUCCAUGCUACGCUGUUGGCACUGGCUGGACUAAAGCGGCUAAAUAUGGUGGAAAAUGUAACAUCUAUAUUAUCCAUGGAAGAAAUGCUUCCAGCCGUUGCCCAAGGUGCCAUUGGAAUAGCUUGCAGAAGCAAUGACAACAAAAUGAUGGAGUACCUCUCCUCGUUGAACCAUGAAGAUACCAGAUCAGCUGUUGCAUGCGAAAGAGAAUUCUUGACAGUUCUUGAUGGUAACUGCCGAACUCCAAUUGCGGCCUAUGCUCAUCGUGAUAAGGAUGGGAGUUGCUCAUUCCGAGGUCUAUUGGCUUCACCAGAUGGAUCUAAAGUAUAUGAGACAACAAGAAUUGGACCGUACUCUUUCGACGAUAUGGUUGAGAUGGGGAAAGAUGCUGGUCAUGAGCUGAAGGCAAAGGCUGGGCCUGGCUUCUAUGAUUGCUAGCAAUGGAAAGAACGAGAGUGUUGAGAGAUUUGUUUUUGUUUCUUCUUUGUCCUAGUUAUUCUAGCACUCUGGGUUAGACCCUGAACGUCCACUGUUUUGCAAUUAGCCUUGCCCUAUACCAUGCAUGAUGAUUAAGUGUAAAUCAUGCGUGUAAGAUUCGGUAUUCCUAUGGGAAGUUAGCCUGCCGAUUGAUUCUCUGAUGAGUCCCACACGGCACAUCUCUGAGGUCCAACAGAACAUUGUACGAUCUAACUAGUGGUAGAGCCGUAGAGGCGCUCCCAUUGCAAUUCCAAUGUAUCGGUGCUACUCAGGCCGUGAUACAGUUGAUUAAAACCAUGGUGAAAGGCAUCGAUGCA